UUUCCUUGAUUACAGAGCUGGAAAAACUUCGAUACUUGCAGCGAUAGGCUGAACCUAAUCUCGCCUUGUGAUAUCGAUUUCUUACAAGACCAAGAAUAUUACAUCGAUAUUUUUGGCUCUACUAGAUGAUUCGCAUACGGCGCGCGAUUUGUGACCAGCUGCCGCAGCUUAAGAAAGCGUGCCCUGCCCUGGAGGUACCGGUCAAGAAACAGCAGCUCCAGAAUGCCCGGCGGCCGACUUUGGAAUGGGUUCUCCCAUCUGCGGUUGCGCAACAGGAGCAGGAACUUCUCGAAAUAGUCAGGGAGCACAGAUUUGAUGAAGCAUAUGUUAAGAAAGUCCGGAUAGUGCCCAGUGCCGGGCGCAGUGCAGCCAAGAUCGAGUUCCAGCUGCAGCCACAGGUUUUUGUGGAGCAGCUCCUUCAAUCCAAACCGCGUACUUCAGAGCCUUCCACUUCCCCUGCAGAGCACAUACUGGUGGAGUACAGCUCGCCGAACAUAGCCAAACCCUUCCACGUGGGCCACUUGCGGUCCACUAUCAUCGGCAACGUCCUAGCCAAUCUCCACCAGCAUUUGGGCUACCGCACCACCCGCUUAAACUAUCUCGGAGAUUGGGGCACGCAAUUUGGUCUUCUGGCGCUCGGCGUUCAACUGAAGAAUGUAAGCGACAAGGAAAUGCAGGCAUCCCCCAUAGAAGUGCUGUACGAAUCCUAUGUGGCCGCCAACAAGGCAUCUGAAGAAAGUCCGGAUAUUGCCAAGCAAGCGAGAGCUCUGUUCGCCGCCUUGGAGGCGGGUACCGAUGAAACUAUGGCCAAACAAUGGCAGCAGUACAGAAAGUAUACCAUAGAGGAUCUGUCUAAGGUCUACAAGCGACUGGGCGUCCAUUUCGAUAGCUACGAGUGGGAAUCCCAGUACUCGCAAAACCAAAUACAGGAUGCCCUGGCUAAACUUCGAGAGGCUGGACUCCUGCAACAAGAGCCGGAUGGACGUGAGGUUGUGGUGGUGGAUGGUAGACGCAUCCCAGUGAUCAAGAGUGACGGCUCCACUUUGUACCUGGCCAGAGAUAUCGCUGCACUGCUGGAGAGACUCUCCAGGUACCAGUUCUCCCGUUUGCUUUAUGUGGUAGAUAAUGGCCAGGCGGAUCAUUUUAAUGCCCUCUUUAAAACAGCGGCCGCUUUGGAGUCUCGCCUCAAACUGGAUCAACUGCAGCAUGUCAAAUUCGGACGCAUUCAUGGGAUGAGCACUCGCCAGGGAAAGGCCAUUUUUCUAAAGGAUGUGUUGGAUGAAGCCCGUGAUAUAAUGCGAGAGAAACGAAACUUCACUGCAACCACCAGGGAAAAUCAAUCCCUAAGUGACGAGCAUGUGUGUGACAUCCUGGGCGUCUCAGCUGUCCUAGUCAACGUCCUCAAACAGCGUCGGCAACGAGAUCACGAGUUCAGCUGGCAGCAGGCGUUGCAAGUUAACGGGGAUACUGGGAUCAAGCUUCAGUACACACACUGCCGCCUGAAAAGUUUGCUAGAUAACUUUAAAGAAGUGCAUUUGGAUGACAUCAAGCCCAACUGGCUGCAUUUCACAGACGAGCCUGCGGAUGCCCUGGAUCUUCUCUACGAAUUGGCACGCUUUGAUCAAAGCAUUUGGCAGUCAAAGGAGCAACUGGAGGCCUGUGUGCUAGUGAACUACCUUUUUGGGUUGUGCAAUGCAACCAGUCGGGCCCUAAAACGAUUACCUGUGAAGCAAGAAAACUGCCGGCAAAAGCAAUCCCAGCGCCUGCUGCUAUUUCACGCUGCCAAAAAAACUCUCCAGGAGGGAAUGCAGCUUUUGGGUCUGCGUCCGCUCGACCAAAUGUAG